CUGCAAACACGCUUCGUCCAUGUCCUACACAUACUCCAGAUAGCACAAGGAUGGCGCCCUCGGUAGGCAGCUUUGUGAAUCUCGCUGACGCUCUGCGCUUCAAAAGAAAUAAAUCUUCUACAAAUCUCGCAGCACCUAGGGAAGUAUCCCUCCCACGCCGUCCACAGUCGUCUCUCAAUCUCCACCACACAGCCAACACCCGCCGAAAAGACAUCGACGAACACCUCCCCACCCAAGUCCUCGUCCGCAUCCUCACCUUUUGCUCCCCCUCCACCCUCGCCCACUGCCUCACCGUCUCCCGCCUAUUCUUCCAUCUCGCAGGCGAUCUUCUCUACAACGACAUCUCCCUCACGUCCAAGGACUUUUUCCUAGUCUUUCGCGGGUCGGCCGUCGUGCAUGAAGCUGCCACCGGCAAAGUUGCUGUCGGCAGGAAGAAAUUCAAAGACCGGCUGUUGAAACAUACGCGGCAGGUGACGCUCUAUUCACAUGGCGACGACGAAGAUGAAGAUCAAGUACUCAACGACACCGCAUGCCCUCCAACACCGCUCAACACUGUCAUGCCCAAGCUGGAUACGCUGAGGAUCGUCCUGGCUGAUGCGUUUGAUUACCACAUGACGUUUUGCCCGAGGUACCCACACCAUUGCCCACUCCUGAAAGAGUUGAGUAUCGAGAAGCUGGUGAUUCUGGGAGCGAGGACGCCGUUGGUGGUGUUACCACUCGCCUUCCCUAACAAGACGUCGCAGCCGACUACGCCGGUUGGUAUGGAGACGGUAUCGUCCUAUCUUUCUGUACCUGCCCUUGAAGUCGCACCUUCCAUCGCUUCGUCCACCACUACUACUACCCCACCCUCCCACGGGAAUCAUUCUACCUUUUCCCUCAUACCGCAUAGAAACCACUCUCGCAACCCUAGUGUCACCCUCACUUUUACCCCCCCGUCGAACCAAACCAGCCAAAGCGGGAAAACCCCGUCCCGAGCCCCAUCCCCAAGCAACACUCACCACUCCCCCCGCCUGCCUCCUCUGUCCGAGCUUACCAUCGUCAUGCCUACCGGUCUUUCUUAUGAUGCGAAAGACUAUCAGCCCCAUUCACACUGUUUUCGACAUAAACGGACGUUGGCUACCAUUGAGAAGGUGUCCAUCGUUUUUUAUACCCCUCCUCCUGCGUCUGGGAAGAAGACAUGGGGAAAGGAACAAGAACAAACACAGACACAGGCACAAAGACCAUGGCAAACGGCAUUCUACCUAGGCGGAAACUCCAAUUCCAUGACGAGCUACAUCUCCCUCGCAGAGGAUAUCGCCGAGACCGUCCUCUCCCUCCCGUCUGCCACUGAAAUCUUCGUUGUCGGCUGCGAGACCCUCGAUGGGGAACUGUUCAAUAUGGGGAUGAAUACGAUGCAAGAGGGGAAAAAGAAAGUGGGGAGGGUAAUGAGGGAAACGAUUUGUGGGAGGUUGGAAGCGAAAUGGUGGGCGAGCAGAGAGAAAGGGGAUGUGAAGAAAGUGGUGGGAAAGGUGAGGUUUUUCGAGCUCGAAGAGUGGUUGGAACGGGGUGGGAGGGAGGACGUUGAUGGAUGGGAUUUGGAUAAAUGGGCAGAGGAUGAUGAGUAGAUUUUCCUUUUUUUAAAUCAAAGGGUAUAAAUUUGUAGAGUAAGUACCAAGACAAGUUGUAGAAAAGGAUCAAGCUGUAUUCAUACAUGCAAAGAAAAAAAAGAGACAAUUCCAAA